CUCUUAUCAUACUUUAAAGUUUUUCCAUACAUUCCUCCAUAAUUUUCUGUGUCACAAUUCUUUUUCAAUAGAAAAUGCCAUAACAUAUACUAGCAAUAUAUCAUGACAGUCCAAAGGAUUCUUCUUUUUUCCACCAUUUUUUUUUUUAGUUUUAUCAAAUUCAUCAUGUAACGGAAGCUUCAAUAUUGAGGAUCAUGAAAAUGAUGAUUUUUUCAUGUCAGCUGAUCACAAAAUGAAUGUAGAACAAGAAUUCGGUCAUGACUUUCAAGCUUACCCUUCUUAUUUGAGCACCAUUACUGAAGACGACAACAUGAAUAUUGAAGAAGUUGCCAAUAGGGUUGCAUUUAUUGAUGUAAGUAGAUUUGGAGCUAAGGGUGAUGGAGUUACAGAUGAUACUACGGCAUUUGAGAAAGCUUGGAAAGAAGCAUGUUCAUCUAACACACCUGUGCUCUUUGUGGUGCUCCACAACAAGAAUUAUCUUCUCAAACAAAUCACUUUUUCAGGUCCACGCAAAUCUUCCAUUUCAAUGCAGAUUUUUGGAUCUUUAGAAGCAUCAGAUAAUAUAUCGGACUAUAGUAAAGAUAGAAGGCAUUGGAUUCUUUUUAAUAAUGUUCAAAACUUGGUUGUUGGAGGAGGAGGAGUUAUCAAUGGCAAUGGAAAAAUAUGGUGGCAAAAUUCUUGCAAAACCAAUAUAUCACUGCCAUGCAAGAAUGCACCAACGGCGUUAACCUUCUACAAUUGCAAGAAUUUGAAAGUGAAGAACCUUAAGAUUAAAGAUGCACAACAAAUUCAUGUCUCAUUUGAGAGAUGCACAAAUGUUGAAACUUCAAAUUUGAUGGUGACUGCUCCUGAAAAUAGCCCUAACACUGAUGGAAUCCAUGUUGCAAAUACUCAAAACAUCCAAAUUUCUGACACUGCCAUUGGAACAGGUGAUGAUUGUAUUUCAAUUGCGAGUGGAUCCCAAAAGGUGCAGGCCACGGAUAUUACUUGUGGUCCAGGUCAUGGUAUUAGUAUUGGGAGCUUAGGAUCAGGGAAUUCAGAAGCUCAUGUGUCUGAUGUUAUUGUGAGUGGAGCCAAGCUUUCUGGUACUACUAAUGGACUUAGGAUCAAGACUUGGCAGGGAGGAUCUGGAAAUGCGAGCAACAUCAUAUUUCAAAAUGUGGAAAUGCAAGGAGUAAAACCCAUAAUCAUAGACCAGAAUUAUUGUGAUCAACAUGAUCCAUGCAAACAACAGAGUUUGGCAGUUCAAGUGAAAAAUAUUGUCUAUGAGAACAUCAUAGGUUCAAGUGCGACGAAUGUGGCCAUAAAUUUUAAUUGCAGCAAAAGCUUUCCAUGCGAAGGAAUUGUAAUGCAGAAUAUAAACUUGGUAGGGGAAGGUGGAACUGCAAAGGCUGUUUGCAGUAAUGUCGAAUUCAGCAAUAUUAUUGGAACUGUCUCACCACAUUGCCCAGGAGAAAGUUUUCAAGAAUAAAUUAACCUCUCUUGUUUUCAUUAUUUCUAUAGAUCACUUUUAAGUAGUGUAUAUUAAUAUUCUUUUAGGGGAUUUGUAGUAGGUGUACAUAAUACAACACAUAAUAAAAAGGAAUAUUAUGUUU